CCCAUGGGAUCAGAGCGGAUGGAGAUGCGAAAGAGGCAGAUGUCGGUGCAGCAGGAGUCGGCAGCGGGGGGAACUGCACCGGCCCAGCAGGGCCAGCCGGGCCAAGCCAACCCACGAGGAUCAAAUGCAUGUUGCUUCUGCUGGUGCUGCUGCUGUAGCUGUUCCUGUCUCACAAUCAGGAAUGAAGACAGGGAUGAUAGGAACCGAAAGGCAUCUUAUGACGUCAAGGAAGGGACCGCAGACUGUGAAGACUGUCCUAAGCCCACGUUGGAGGAGGUGCGCUCAUGGGGGCAAUCAUUUGACAAGCUGAUGUGUUGCCCAGCGGGGCGGAACUCCUUCCGACAGUUUCUUCGCACCGAAUUCAGCGAGGAGAACAUGCUCUUCUGGUUAGCCUGCGAAGAGUUCAGCAAAGAGACCAACAAGAGUGUGACAGAGGAGAAAGCUCGGGGCAUCUACGAAGACUACAUUUCCAUUCUCUCACCUAAAGAGGUGAGCCUUGACUCCCGUGUGCGCGAGGCCAUCAACAGGAACAUGGUGGAGCCCAACUCGCACACGUUCGACGAUGCCCAGCUGCAGAUCUAUACACUAAUGCAAAGAGACUCGUAUCCCCGCUACAUGAACUCCCCAGCCUACAAAAACCUGCUCAACACUCUGUCAGAGCAGUCCCCCGAAUCUUAG